GAGUGCGCGCGUACGUACCCUCUGGAAAGGAGGCAAAGAGGGUAAACGGCGCUUCCCGGGAGAGCGGGAUCUCGCCUCGCGUCGGUUCGCGACCUCGCGCGUCGUUUUCCGAGGCAGUGUGCGCGCUGCCGCCGCCAGGCCGGUUAUAUACAGGCUCGCGGUGCGGACUCUCAGUACGAUGCCGGUGCCGCGCGCGGUGGGGAUGGCCUCUCGUCGCGCAGCGCUCUGUCCGUAGGUAGGUAGGUAGGUAGGUUGUACCCCGACGCGGUCAAGCGUCCUCGUCGCCGUCGACGCGGAGGGUCGCUCCCCUGGGUCGACGCGCUUAUUUAUACGUGUAUUUGUACGUUCGUGUGUUGCCUGUGACUCUCUCUGAGCGCAAAAAGUGCGGUCUAUCGACUCCGUUUGAGAUCGAGACGGGAUAUAAAGCGAAGCGAGACACGCGGCUCUCCGAAGAAGUGCUCCGGGAGGUGAUCAGUAUAAAUAUUAUCCCGCUGCUCUCGCGUGGAACGGAUUCUUCUCCUUUCUUCCUCCCCUUCUUCUUCUUCCUUUCUCUCGCUCUCUUUUUUUUUCUCUCUCCCCGAGUUAACUGGAAGAAGAGUGCUGUCGAGUGCCUCGUGGAGUGACAAUUCCCGUGACUUUUCAUCAUCACACCUCGCAGUGACGUGUAUAAUAUAUUCGGUGCUAUAUACAUUUUAUCUCUAAACAUCCCGCGGAACGUCCGGUGAGAGAGUUCCAGUCCGAUCGAGCCGUUCCUGUCAUCUGUUUCCAAGAAGAGGAGCGAAAGAGGAAGCGAGAGGGAGAAGGGGUCGCCUCCUGUCUACCUGGCCGCACGAGCGAGAGAGAAAGAGAGACAGAGAGGUAUGCGUGUAUGUGGUAUGGCUCGUCGUCGGUGGUUUUUCGCCGCCUUUAUUACAGCGAAACCCGAAUGCGUGCGCGAGCGUAUCCCUCUCGUCUGACCGGCCUGAACCCGCCACCGUAAGGCUGCGCUCACACAUGCGAGAUUGAUUAUUUUUCCACGAGGACGAGGACCCGAGUCAUCAGAGGCCGGUUGCUCGCCGAAGAAACGCGUCACCCUUCAGGUUAAUGAGAACCAACGUCGACCGAUCGUCCAAUCAGCUUUCAGCCAGGCUGGACGAGGAUAGUCGAAUGCAGCUGGGCUCAGCAUGCCCUCUAAGAAGCAAUACAACCUCGUACAUAAUGACGAGUACGACACGCGAAUACCGCUGCACAGCGAGGAGGCGUUUCAUCGUGGAAUCGUGUUCCACGCCAAGUUCAUCGGUUCUAUGGAGGUUCCGCGACCGACUAGCCGAGUGGAGAUCGUGGCGGCGAUGCGAAGAAUCCGCUACGAGUUUAAGGCCAAAGGGAUCAAGAAGAAGAAAGUGACGUUGGAAGUCUCGGUGGACGGGCUGAAAGUGACUCUACGGAAGAAGAAGAAGAAACAGCAACAAUGGAUGGAUGAGAAUAAAAUAUAUCUGAUGCAUCAUCCGAUUUACAGAAUAUUCUACGUCUCGCACGAUAGCCACGACUUGAAAAUAUUUAGUUAUAUCGCCCGUGAUGGGAGCAGCAAUACGUUUAAGUGUAAUGUCUUCAAAUCUAGCAAAAAGAUCGCGCUGCCGAGAUGGAUGACAGCAUCCGCAGCUGCGGACCCGCGCAAAUUCGAUCGAGGUGAGAGGUGGCACGCGAUCAUGCUGAAGAAUUCCUUCAAGUCGGCGGUGGCUUCGACCGAGUUCUCGAUGUCGACCAGCAGCCCCGGCGGCCCUCUGGGCUUCGAGACCACCCCUAGGCCGCGCAAGAAGCUCUCCUUCAAAGAGCCGGAGAUCUUCAACUACUUGAAGAUGCGCAAACCCUCGACGCGGCCGAAAAUUCUGCACACGCAGAACAGCAUCGAUCUCAGCUUCGACGAGAAUCCUUUCGAGGAGGAGAACGAGGACCUCGACGAGCUCGAGAGUCAAGCGAUGAGGGUGGUCAGAACGGUCGGGCAAGCUUUCGAAGUGUGCCAUAAGUUAAGUAUAAAUAAUACCACGGAGGAUCACGAGCCUCGAGGAGACAAGGACGGCGGGGAGAGCCACGGCGAGAAUUAUCACGGUGAUGUUUACGAGGACCAAGAUGAAAUUCCCAACGAGCAGUCCCAGCCCUCUCCGCCACCGGUGCAUAAAGACAUAUCAUUAUUGGGGGAUACCGAAGACUCGGUUCCCGAGCAAACGUCCGUCACCUGUCUACUUCGAUCGCACGAUGGACCGGCGACAACAACCUCUACCUCACCGAUCAGACAGUCGCCAUCGGGCACGGUAACCUCCGAGUGCGGAGGUUUAUUGGUGGGUAGCGAAUUGACAGCCCUAAAGCACGAAAUACAACUCCUACGUGAACGUUUGGAGCAACAGAGUCAACAAACCAGAGCUGCCGUUGCCCAUGCGCGACUUCUUCAAGAUCAACUUGCGGCGGAAACGGCAGCGCGCGUCGAAGCUCAGACGAGGACACACCAACUCCUAGUGCAAAACAAGGAAUUGCUUGAACAUAUAAGCGCGCUGGUGAGCCAUCUGAGGGAACAGGAGCGUGUUUCCGGUGGUCAUGUCACCUCGCAGUCGCAAAUACCCAGUACGCCUGCAUCUAUGCAACAGAACGCGACGGUUCCCGACCUGUCGAGCCUCGGCCAGUGCCAACGGACCGGAAGUCAGGGCUCGCCGUGGGAGCUGGAUCCACCGACCUUUCCUUACUGCUCAUAUCCGCCGGACACGCUCUAUUCCGGCGGUCUCAACGCCAUGGGUAUCCAGGGUAAUAACACCACCGCGGAUCAAUUGCAGUUCCAAACACAGCUGCUGGAAAGGCUGCACAACUUGAGUCCAUUUCAGCCACAAAGAUCGCCCUACAAUACACCUUCGCCGUACGCGAUGGGUCCUAGUCUGCUUUUACCUCCUUGCGGUGGACCAACGAAUCCAGCCCAAUUGUCCCCGAAUUCGGCGUCCCUGAGGAUCUCUCAGCCCAACAGCUUCUCCUCGUCGCCAAUCAUGACUCACAAACUCGACAACUACGGAACGGACACUUCGGACGUCCAUCUACCUUUCAUAAAACCGUUACCGUGCACCAACGACAGGAAUAUAACUCACUCGACAGCGGACGUUAAAGUCAAGCAGGAGCGCUCGAGUGUCCAGGAUAUCACCGAUAUACCUCCGAUAAUCCUGGACCCUCCGCCGCAGGGUAGACGCAGCGUAGACCCUACGAGCAAGAAAGCGAAUCCGACGAAGCAGAGUUCGAUGACGCAGGGCGUGCACGAUAACAGGAAUAACACGCCGAAAAGUCUGGCGACCAUCCUGCGGACUUCCGGUCCGCCGCCUUCUCGCACGACGAGCGCCCGAUUACCCUCGCGCAACGAUUUGAUGAGCGAGGUGCAGCGGACAACCUGGGCUCGUCACACUACCAAGUGACCGGGACACUAUUCGAUACGAUGACGCAAUUAAUAUAUUUGCCGAAUAUGUUGUCCAUAUAUAUUCAUGGGCGUCCGCAGGGGAGGAGGAAUCAAUCAAAAAAUUAAGCAUUUG